UCUGGACCAUGGAUAGGUCGGAAUCCCGGUGUUCGUUGAAUUCCGAAGAAGAGGAGGAAGUCUCUUCGUCUUAUUCCAGUGAAAAACAUUCCGGGAACCUCAUCAAAAACUUUGAGUACUUCAGGCGCGAGGGAGGCUACAGUGAUGUUAUGCUCAAAGUCGGCCAGAAGUCGUUUCCCUGUCACAAAAUCAUUCUAGCCGCUGGCUCACCGUACUUCAAAUCCAUGUUCGAGUCCGGAAUGGAGGAGAGCAGGAAAUCUUGUAUUGAGAUGAAGGAGGUGGACGAAAACGUGUUUGAGAAGAUUCUUCAUUUCAUUUACACUGGGAAAGUGGAAAUCACAUCCUGUAUUUUACAGGAACUUUUCGGCCAGUCCUGUAUGUUUCAGGUCACGGCGCUGGUUGACUUGUGCGUGAGGCAUUUCCGCCUGCACAUGACGGAAAAUAAUUGUUUGGCUGCACUUACUCUAGCCGAUUCACAUGCUCAUAAAGAUCUGUACAAUUACGCGAAGGAGUACGUCUGUAUGAACUUUGGUGUUGUGUCUCAAGAAGAAGACAUCUGUAGACUUUCAGCCGAUUGUAUCAAAGACAUUCUCUCCUACCCAAAGCUGGACUGUGAAGGAGAGGAGCAAGUGUUUGAAUUUGCUGUGAGAUGGCUGGAUUUUGAAGAAGAGAGAGAGAAGAGGAAACAUCACAUCUACAAAAUUCUCAGCUGUGUGAAGUUUCCCCAGAUGAAGACAAGCUAUCUCACAAGUGUGGUGGCCAAAUCUGCCUAUCUGGCUGAUGACGAGGGGAAAGAGUUACUAGAAAAUGCCAUGAUUUACCACCUUCUGCCUUCCAGGAGGCCAUUGCUGCCUUCCUACCAAAUCACUCCGAGGUCCUCCAAACACAUGGAGGUUGCGGUGCUUUUGGGAGGUCGCCUUGCGGAUGGCUUGAGCAAUGAUGUGGAGUGCUACAAGCCAGACACCAGGGAAUUCUUUGCCUUGAAGCAGCUACCAUUUAAGAAGAGAAACGAAUUUGCAGCUUGUGUGGUUGGAAACGAUAUUUACGUUUCUGGGGGACUAAGGAGCGGAGAGUUCUGGAAGUUUGAUUACGACUUUGCGACCUGGAUUCGUGGAAUCACUCUUUUGCAGCCCAGACGACGCCAUGCAAUGGCCGCUGUGGAUGAGAGCAUCUACGUGUUGGGGGGCUUCGAUGAAGACAGCGUCUUGGACUCAAUUGAGGUCUGGAAACCCGGAAACAACCAAUGGAAAUUGUAUGGAAAUCUUGCAAAUCCUGUGGAAAACAUGGGGUAUGUUGCCUAUGGAACAUGUAUUUAUCUCUUUGGUGGUAAAAACCAGGAAGAGGUUGUGACAAACACAGUCCAGUGCUUCGAUACGCGGACCGGCCAAGCCACAAUUCUGGAACAGUCCUUGCCGGCGUCGGACAUGUGCGUAAGUGCGGCCGUUCUCAAUAACCUUAUCUACGUAGUUGGACUGGAAGGAUCAUUCAAAUUCCACCCAGACAACAAGACGUGGGACGUUCUCCCUGACAUGACGUGUCCGCGGGACUUUGUCAGUCUGACGGUUCUCGAUGAGAAACUGUACGCCUUUGGGGGGAGGCGUAGGGGGGCCCAGUCUGACCUGUACACAGACAUCAUCGAGUUCUACGAUCCCGUGAAGAGUGAGUGGAAGAGGUGUGGAACUAUCCCAGUCCCCAUGUAUUCUUAUGGGUGUGUCCGGGUCAUCCUAGGGGAGAAAUAUCUAAAUGCCAAUUCAAGCAAUCUUGCCGCAAGCUGAAUUUGUUAAAGAGUUUUUGAGUGUUGUUGCUUGUUACUUAAUGAUAUGAAUUUUUACACAAAAUUUUAUGUACUUAACAAAUCCUUAACUACAAAUUUUCCUUAUGAUAAAAGAAUGAUAUGAUCUUACUAUUUUUUACAUUUUACUAAAAAUAAUGUACAUGAUGUAUAUGACUACAUUUAUAUGCAUAUAUUUGUAUAUAUGUGGCUAAUGGAAGAACCAGUUCAUAUAAUUUAGUGUUUAAAGACACAUGGGGUAUUGUAUUGUCAGUAUAUAUGAAUAAUUAUGUACUUUUAACAGCUGUAAUAAUACAUUGGGGCUGCAUGGUAACAUACAAUGCUUCAAGUGUAUUAUCACCAAAUGAAGCCAAUUCAAGCAUUAUAUGUUACCAGAGAAUGUGAGCUUAUUAUACAGCCAUUUAAAUUUAGCAAAAAUCCAAAGCUUUUAAUUAGCAGUGUUCCUAAUCACCAUGAUAUUAUAAACUUGCUUCUACUUUGAUUAGAAAAAUUGAAAUUAUCAUUAUUAGUAAAAUAUAUGUUUAUUACAGAAAUUUCCUCACUCAAUUUUGUGUUCUAUAGUAGUAAAAUGUUCAUUUAUUGAGCAUGUUGAGUUUUCAAAUUAUGAGAUUGCUUUUUACAUCAAUCAAGAAGGUAAUUUUAAUUAACCCAUUAGUUUUGACAAGUGAACAGAAGUUUAAUUUCAGCAACUUAAAUUUGGCAAUCUGGUCUUCUCUUCUAAAAUAGGAGAAAAUUAUGCACUCCAUCAAAUAACCUGCAGCUAUUACCGGUAGAUAUAUUGUUGAUGAAAGUAUUGUAAAUGUAAUUGACUUAAUUAAUCUACAGAAAGUUGUUUAAGCAUGUGCAGUAUUUUUACAGCAAGGUUAUUUCUUACUUAGUCUUCCAUUUACGUUGGUUACUAUCCAAGCAUUAGAUUGACUUGAGGUGUAUUUUAUUUGCGAAUUUCAUCUAAAGUUCCCUGCAGAAAAGAAAAAAUCUACUAAUGCAGAGGGAUUAAAUGAGAUAAGUUACACAUAUCUUUGCUGUCAAUUAAGUAAGCAAUUAUGUUCCUUUUACCUAGCGUCAAGGUUACCAAAGAAAGAAUUUCAUCGCUAUUCUAAGAUUUAUACAUGAUCACAUGUAAUAUGGAGAAUUCGGUCAAAUUUUACUGAUAAAUGACUGGUAUUAUAUAAGUUACCAAAGAUGAAAUGUUUAUGCAAUUCUAAAUUCAACUAGGCAAAUCAAGUUAAUGAUAAUCUUCUAAAGAUACAUCUCAGAAAAAGUCCUGGCCUAUGGAUUGAUAUACCAAAGUUACAUGUAUGAAUAAAUGUGUCGUGCAAAUUUGAAUUUUGCAAGUUUAAUAUCCUGGGCAUUGUAUUGAUAACUUAUGCUUGCUUGACAGUAUUGAUUUUGAAUAUGGUGUGUUGUGUAUCUGGAGCUCACAGUGUACAUUCAGUUCUAGGUACUGUAGUCAUUUACAAAGAAUAUGUCUGUUUAAUGGGCACAAUAUACAGCUGUGAUCCAAAUUAUUGGUGCAACAUCCACUGGAAUUAGAUGUAUAUAUGGAAUUUUUUGAUAUUUGUUGAAUGAUGUAAAACUAUAAUGAACCAGUUUAGAUAACUGUGUCAUUGUGUCAUGUAGUUAUGCAUAAAUUCCAAGUCUAUUUUUUCAGUAAUUAAUAAAUGCUAACAAUCUUUUUGAUCCAUGCUAUAAAUCUACCAUGUAUUGAGUAGAGGUAUUUUUAGGGGGGAGGGGGUGUUCCAGUAAGGGAGAAGUGCCACCUUUCAUUUAACAAAUAGGCAUGCAGGAUUGAAAGAAGACUGACUGUUUAUUCAAAACUUAUAUGGUUACAACUGUAAGAUUGUUUUCGUUAAUGUUUCUACAGAUUUUUACAUUUAAUACUUGUCUAGUCUCUUUAUUUUUUGGAUGGACAAUUUCUAAUUUAUGAAUAUACAUGUAAGGUUAUGUGAAUAUUCAACAGAUUAAGCAGGGAGACUUUGGAGACUUUCAUUUUUAUAAAGGGAAUAGUGAAUUCUUGUUCCAAAGAUUUUAUUCCACUUGACGCCAAAAUUAUUCCAUUCAAACAAGGUUUACCGUAGAAUGCCAUAUACGGUAAAAAUCAAAACUUAUAUCAUACGGGCAGUGCUGUAUUUUGCCAACAUCAUAAAUUUUUACAUGAAUUCACCCAAUUUCCUUUUGUCACCUUCCUCUGUUAUUGUCUUCAAACUUUGAGGGUCAACAUACAAUGUACAUGUAUCUAUACAUUGCCACAGUGUAUUAAAUUUACGUAAAUUUGUUUAAUAUUCAUUAUGUGUCAUUAAUUGUAAAAUCUUCUAGUCUUAAUUGACAAUUAAAUGUUCAUCUUGUUACAUGUACAAUUGCAAAUAAGACAAUGUUUUUAAAAUAAGUCAGGGGAAAGUUUUUUAUUUUUUGAUAACAGUGUUAAUAAUUUCAAUUUUAUGAUAUUGAUUAUAUUUCUUUGGAUAUAAUAUGGAUGUUAUAAACUUCUU